GGGGCAGCCGUCUUCAAGCAGGAGGCUUCCCUCCGCGAGUUCUGGGAGUUUGAGCUCCAGCCCUUCGUUCACUUCAUCCCCCUCAGCGAGGACCUGUCAGACCUGGUGGAGAUGGUCGAGUGGGCCAUCGAGCACGACGAGGAGGUCAGGAGGAUCGUGCAGAAUGCGCUUGAGUUCGUGAGGACGCGGCUGACUCCGCAGCGGAUAAUCUGCUACUGGGCGAACCUGCUCGAAGCUUACGGAGGGAGGAUGAGCUACACGCCG